AUUUGCCUGCCACCACCCUGGCCACCACCGCCUUCCACGCCGUGUACGACACUCGUCCAAUGUCCUUCCGACGAUACUCAGUCGAGUUGUUCUCCGCGACUGCCAUAGUCUCUCUCUCCAUCCACCGCAUCCGCUUGAAGAAGCAGUGGGAGGAGGAGGAGCUCUCCCUUGACGCGCGCACCUCCGUGUUGGAAGGCAUUGUACAACGAUUGCGUAGCGGAGACCGGAUAGCGGACGACGAGAUGGCACGGCUGAGGAGAUUAGCGCGGCCAGCCAGUGCCCAGGGACCGAUAGCCGGCGCAGACAUUACCGUGAAGGAGAUGUUCGUCGGGCGAAAGACACAAACAUCAUAACAUAUCGCAAGUCUUGCGUUGUUGCAUCGCCCCUUCCCCGUUGAACCUUCGUACAUCGAGCGCCGCUAGUCUGUAUACCCACUCUGGAACCGCUAUCCCAUCACGACAGGCAACGAGAAUGUGCAAAUAGUUCAUCGCAAAGCAAGGAUGUCACAGUAAUGGCCUUGUGCGCCCAGAGUACGGAAGGCGGGCAGAACCCUUUAAGGCGCCAGAUGGAUCAUGUACUUGAUGCCGCUUCCGCUUGACUCUCUUGUAGUCCUCCAUGCUCUCCAUUCAAGACCCUUACGGUGCUGUAUGCGAUAUCCUUUAGGUCAACCGGCAUCUGCAAAGCGAUCGAAGAACAAAACCUUCCAAAUAAGGCCAACAAAG